AUGAAACUGUUCAUAGUAGCUGCCGUUCUUGGGGUUUGCUCUGCAGCCCGUUUGGACAAUGCCUACCUCCCUCCUAGGGGAGGAGCAGGUGCAGGCUACGGCGCUAACGGUGGCUUCGGCGGCUCGAACGCUGGCUUCGGUUCCGGAAACGGCUUCGGAGGUGGAAACGGUGGCUUCGGUUCAAGGGGUAGCGGUUUCGGCUCUGGACAAGCCAGUUUCGGAUCUGGAUCUGCUGGUUUCGGACAGAGUGGUGCCGGAGCGUACAAUGGCGGCGGUUUCGGCGGCGGCAGACAGUCCGCUGAUGCUGGCGCGCAGAUCUUGAAAUUGAACAGUGAAGUUACGGCUGACGGCUUUUCUUACGAAUACGAAACAUCAAAUGGCAUAAGAGCCGACGCAUCUGGUGUAGCCACCAACGGUGUCCAGUCCCAAGGUAGCUUCUCUUACAAGGGAGACGAUGGUCAAGAUUACAGCAUCACUUACACAGCUGACGAGAACGGCUACCAGCCACGCGGAGCUCAUCUGCCCACCCCUCCCCCCAUUCCAGAGGAGAUCUUGAAGAGCCUGGAACAGAACGCGAGGGAUGAAGCCGCUGGCAUCAUUGAUGAUGGCCAAUACAGAGGUGAGGGAGCUGGCGCUGGUGCCGGCGCUGGUCGUGGGGGAUACGGAGGUCAAGGUUCUGGCUACGGUAACGCAGGAUCCGGCUUCGGAGGUCAAAACUCUGGAUACAGUAACCAAGGAUCCGGUUUCGGAGGUCAAAACUCUGGAUACAGCAAUCAAGGAUCUGGUUUCGGUGGGCAAGGAUCGUCAGGCUUUGGUGGACGAGGAUCUGGUUUUGGGGGUCAGGGUUCCAACUUCGGAGCUCCCUCUAGGCAGUACCUGACACCCAACGCUGGACGUGGUUCUGGAAAUGGAAACUUUAACGCGCAAUCCGGCUACCGCUACUAA